AUGGCACAAGGGAGUCCUUAUCCCAGUUUACACAUGUGGCCUUUGCACGAUACGUUCGGGAUGAAGAUGAUACAUCUUCCUGAAGGGCAAAGGAUCAAAAUUGGUCGUCAGACAAAUAACAAGACCAUACCAGGUGAACGUAAUGCUUAUUUCGAUAGUAAAGUCUUAUCAAGAACUCAUGCGGAGAUUUGGGAAAGAGGUGGGAAAAUCUAUAUGAGAGACGUUAAAUCAUCCAAUGGAACAUUUAUCAACGGUCAACGACUCUCCCCCGAAGGUGUCGAAUCACAGCCGUUCGAAUUGAAGAAUGAAGAUAUAGUAGAGUUUGGUAUUGAUAUUAUUAGUGAGGAUAGCAAGACGAUCAUGCAUCAUAAAGUCGCAGCGAAGGUUUAUUGUGUUUUUGGACCGGAGGAUGUAGCUUUGUCUGCCAGAGAAAUGUCCAACUAUCAAGAACAACAACGGGCCGGACGAAUGCCUCCACAAGUCGAUCAACACCCCGGCGUCGGUCAACCUGUCAUGUCGGCCGGUGGGAAAGCCCCAGGAUUGAGUUUCGACCAUGUCCUUCAUAAAUUGCAGACGGAGCUGGCCAGGAGUAAAGAAACGGGACAGGAGCUUGAUGGGCUGACAUCUGCCAUGACGGAUAUACAGUCUACGUUAGGUGGUGGUUUGCCCCCCAGCCAAAACGGUUCCGCUGCGAAUCUCAUACCACCACAAUACAGGGCCACAACAGCCGAGGCCAAAGCUGCACUCGCUGGUCCCCAUGGUCAACAAGCUGCCGCUUUCAUAUCUCUCCAGACCCAGCUUAACGAGACCGAUCGGGUAGCCGCCAGCCAUAUGGCCAAAAUUUCCCAGUUAGAAGGUCAGUUGAGCGAAUACGAUGUACUCAAACAACAGCUGGCAGUCAUGCGAGAACAAAUGGAACAAAACAAACGCGAGAUGGAA